AUGCUUUGUGAAAUCGAAUGUCGAGCUUUGAAUGCAGCACACACAAUGCUCAUCCAGGACUUCGAACCACGAGAUGCGCUAACCUAUUUGGAAGGCGAAAAAAUUUUCACAGAAGACCAUUCUGAUCUCAUCAGUAAUAUGCCAACUCGUCUUGAAAGAAUUGCGAAUUUCCUUCGAGCUUAUCGACGGCAAGCGUCGGAAUUGGCUCCGCUCAUUGACUUUUUCGAAUACAAUAAUCAAAAUCAUCUGAAGGACUUUCUUGAUGAGUAUCUCUGGUUUGCUACACAUCAACCCGAUAAACUACGACCUGUUGUGCUAGUUCCAAAAUUUUCAAGGCAAAUGCUUGAUCGUAAACUUCUACUGGGUAACGUUCCGAAACAAAUGAACUGCUUCAGUAGAGAAUUCCACGUGGAUCGAGUGAUCGAGAAGUUAGACGAAAUGUGUGAUUUGGAGUCUUUUUUCCUGUUUCUUCACGGACGCUCUGGAUCAGGAAAAUCCGUCAUCGCGUCACAAGCACUGUCGAAAUCAGAUCAACUCAUUGGAAUAAACUACGAUUCUGUCGUGUGGCUCAAAGAUAGCGGAACAACGCCGAAAGCCACAUUCGAUUUAUUCACAGAUCUACUGCUGAUGCUCAAACGAGCCCGUGUUGUGAGCGACACGGAUGACUCGCACAACAUGCCCGACUUCAUUAACCGUGUUCUUUCAAGAAGUGAAGACGACCUGCUCAAUUUUCCGUCCGUCGAACACGUUACAUCUGUUGUGCUGAAGAGAAUGAUUGCGAACGCUCUCAUUGACCGGCCAAAUACUUUGUUCGUUCUUGAUGAUGUGGUUCAAGAAGACACAAUCCGUUGGGCUCAGGAACUUCGCCUUCGCUGUUUGAUCACCACCAGAGAUGUUGAAAUUUCAAAUGCAGCUUCACCGGAAUGCGAAUUUAUAGAAGUCACACCGUUGGAAAGUUAUGAAUGCUUCGAAUUGUUGGAAUCAUAUGGCAUGCCGGUGCCUGCUAUUGAGAGAGACGAGGAUAUCUUACACAAAACCAUUGAUCUAACGAGCGGAAAUCCAGCAGCUCUCAUGAUGAUUUUCAAGUCAUGCGAACCGAAAACAUUCGAGAAGAUGGCCCAGCUGAACAGUAAACUGGAAACUCGUGGAUUAUCUGCAAUUGAAUGUAUCACUCCCUACUGUUAUAAGUCACUAUCUAGUUCUCUCCAACGAUGUGUCGAAGUUCUUUCGGAUGAAGAUCGCAGCGCUUUGGCUUUUGCUGUUAUCAUGCCUCCAGGAAUAGACAUUCCUGUCAAAAUAUGGUCUUGCGUCAUUCCAGUGGAUAUAUGUUCCAACGAAGAAGAUCAGUUAGAUGACGAAGUGGCGGAUCGGUUGAAGAGAUUAAGCAAAAGAGGAGCUCUGCUCAGUGGAAAACGGUCCCCCGUUUUGACCUAUAAAAUAGAUCAUGUCAUUCAUCUAUUCCUGAAGCACGUGGUUGAUGUUCAGACGAUUGCAAAUGGAAUCUCGAUUCUUGAACAACGUCUUCAUGAGCUUGGAAAUAACAACACGCCUACACCAGAAAGACAUAUGCCAUCAAAAUUCCGUCGUACAUCUGCUGGUGACAUGUUUCCAAAAGUGGAAGAUUCUGUUAUACGCCCAGAAGAUUAUUCAAAAUUCAUGCAAAUCCAUCGCACUUUCUAUGAUUCCCUAAAGAAGUUCACAUCCCAAUAG